AUGCUUCCGUGUAUUGAAUUCGAGAUUCGAGACAACACCGCAUUCUACGCCCGCGUAGUAACGGUCAUAGUCUCGACAACCGUCUUGGUCGUCGUCUCCCUCCACGAAGUCACAGUUUCCGUCACUGUGACAAACCAAGAUGGAGUCACAGGAGUGAAGGUUACGCCGCCCUCACUGCCACUAUCAAUGGCGGCUGUAGUAGCAGCGUAUUGGGUAGUAGUGGGACUCAGCGCUGCAGAUGAUUUGGACGUGAGCUGCUCUUCGGUUGUCUUUUCUGCGGUCGUCGUUUCUGCGGUCACGGUAACGGUUCUACCGGGCAUAGUCACCGUGACGCUCUCGGUCGCUGUGGCGUGGAUGGUAUACGUCUCUACUGUCUCCUGGGCCUGUGAGGAAGUUGAGCUAGAGACUGUGCGUUCGGCUGACUUGCUGGGUGUUGCUUGUGUAGAAGCCGUCUCGGCUGUUCCUGUGUGA